AUGUAUCCUCUACGCUGGCAAGUUGAUAGUGAACUUUGCUUGGCUGGCUUUGCUAGUAAAAAGGCUGAAUCUCCCGUCUCCGUCUCACCCUUGCAAGGGAGCAGACAAACAGACAACAGACAACAACAGCAUCAGCCAGCAAACUCCAGAGGAGAACCGAGACGCGGAAAGAAGAACAAGAUAUAUCUCAUGCCGCCAGGCGACCUCCCUGCCUCCUACCAACCAGCAGCCAGCAAACGGCCAUCUUCACGGCCAAAGCACGGCAUCACCAACACAGCCCAUCCCAACAGAUAUUCCCCUACGUUAGACAAGCAACUGGAGCCCCGAAAGCGAGCCGACCGCCGCUGGUGGUCUAGGAUGGGCUCCCUCGGCGCCAGCCCGUCGCUCACGGCCACCAUCAACGACACCCCCAUCGACGACGAGGAGAUAGGCCUCACCCCCCAGCAGCGGCGCCACAAGCAAUGGCGCGCCAGGAAGAGACAGCAGCGUGAAGAGCUCGACAGCAUGGUGCCAAACAAUGCUCUACGCAUGGCGGACCAGGCGGUGGUGAAGAAGCUGGCCAUCAACGCCCUGUUCAUCGGACUUUGGUACUUCUUUGCUGUAUCAAUAUCCCUGUAUAACAAAUGGAUGUUUUCGCCGACAAACCUCAACUUCAAGUUCCCUUUGUUCACCACCAGCCUCCACAUGCUCGUUCAGUUCAUCCUCGCCUCCAUACUCCUCUACUUUUUCCCGUCUCUGCGGCCGCCGCUGAACAGCCCUGAUGCAGCUCCGGGAAAACCCAGCAAGCCCUCACUAACACCGAUCUUUUAUCUUACCCGUCUCGUGCCAUGUGGGAGUGCUACUUCACUCGAUAUCGGGCUGGGCAACAUGUCCCUACGCUUCAUCACCCUCAGCUUCCUCACCAUGUGCAAGUCCUCUGCCCUGGGCUUUGUGCUUCUCUUCGCCAUCAUCUUUGGACUCGAGACUCCCUCCAUAAAGCUCAUCCUAAUCAUAUGUACCAUGACACUGGGCGUGGUCAUGAUGGUGGCCGGAGAAGCGUCCUUUCACGCCGUUGGGUUCGCCUUAAUAAUAGCAUCGUCCUUUUUCUCUGGCUUCCGAUGGGCUCUCACUCAGAUUCUCCUACUUCGGCACCCGUCUACCUCAAACCCGUUCUCGACCCUCUUUCUGCUUACUCCUAUCAUGUUUGUCUCUCUCCUUGGAAUUGCACUCGGCGUCGAGGGAUACAAUGAGAUCCUCGCUGGUAUCCAGACUCUCUCUGCUGAACAUGGGACUUUCAAGGUAUUGUGCUUCCUUUCCUUCCCCGGAAUGCUAGCCUUUUGCAUGAUAUCCUCUGAGUUUGCUCUUCUUCGACGUUCUUCCGUCGUCACACUGAGUAUCUGCGGUAUCUUCAAAGAAGUCAUCACCAUUGCUGCAGCAGGUAUCUUUUUCAAGGAAGUGCUCAGCCUGGUCAACAUCAUCGGUUUGAUCAUCGCCAUUUCAAGCAUUGCCUACUACAAUUACAUGAAAGUCACCAAGAUGCGCAAGGAGGCCCUUUCGGAGAGAGAAGGGGCUGAUGACGAAGAGGAUGACGGGUACGAGAGUCCCGGCCCCAGCUCUGGCCUUAUGGAUGAUAGUCAUGGUCACGGAAAUCCCCCUGCUGUACAAAACAGCACCUUGGGUGGACUCGUAGACCAGAUAAAAUCCGCCUUUGGCAACAAGCGCAGCAUAUCUGGCCCUCGAUACCAACCUAUGCACACCUCUGCGGAGCCUUGA